AUGUUUCCACAGACCGGAGAAUGGGCUGGAGGAGAAGCAUGCCUUCCAGCAGCACUGAAAGCAUUAAAUGGAGUCAAUCAACGAGUGGACGUGUUGCCUGGAUAUUAUUUAAAUUUAAGUGCCUAUGAUACUCGGUGUUCUCCAGGUCUAGGCACUACAAUAUUGUAUGAAUUAUUAUAUAAUAAAACAUUUGGUAUUAAUAGUUCUAUAUUGAUGUUGCUUGGACCGGCCUGUAGUCCUGUAUCUACAGCUGUUGGUGAAGCUGCUAAAAUGUGGAAUUUAAUUGUUUUAUCAUAUGGUUCAAGUUCACCAGCUUUAUCAAAUCGUGUUCGAUUUGCAACGUUUUUUCGUACACAUCCACCAGCCACUCUUCAUAAUCCAACACGUAUUAAAUUUUUUCAAUUAUUUAAUUGGAAACGAAUAGCAAUUUUGAUUCAAACCGAAGAGGUAUGGCAAUCAACAGCCGAACAUCUUGAACAAUUAGCUCGAGAAAAUAAUAUUCAUGUUGCUGUUCGACAAUUAUUUGAUAAUGAUCCAUCACAUGCAAUUAGUAAUUUGAAAAAAGAUGAUAUUCGAAUAAUCGUUGGAUUAUUCUAUGAAGAAAAAGCGAGAAAAGUAUUUUGUCAGGCUUAUCAACAAAAUUAUUUUGGAGAAGGUUAUGUCUGGUGGACGAUAGGUUGGUAUGCUGAUAAUUGGUUUUUGAAGGUAAAUGAUAUUGAUUGUACCGAAGAGCAAAUGAUGAAAGCUGUUGAAGGCCAUUUUACUACGGAAAUACAAAUGCUCACGGAUUCAACGCAAGAAACAAUAUCUAAUAUAACACCACAAUCAUUUGUUGCUGAUUUGAAUUCUUCACUUCGUGAAUUAUUUCCCUACAAAUCAGUUGAAAGUGUAGGUGGUUAUGUGGAGGCACCCUUGGCCUAUGAUGCAACAUGGGCACUAGCACUGGCUUUAAAUCGCUCAUUAAAUCGAACGAAUUUGGAAAAAUGGUCAUACGAUAAUUCACAAAUGAAAAAUAUUAUGAUGGAAGAUAUGGAGAAUACACAAUUUUUUGGCGUCUCAGGUUUUGUUAAAUUUGAUAAACAAGGAAAUCGAAUGUCAAAAAUUGUCGUCGAACAACUUCGAAAUGGUGUCUAUCAUCGAAUAGCAAGAUUUGACGCCCAAACAGGUAUUAUUGAAUGGUUGCGAAAAGAAGAAAAAGAUGGAAAACGAUGUUGGAAUUAUAAAAAUACUAGUUCAAUGGAUCGUCGGCCACCAUUUGAUCAACUUCAAAUAUCCAUUCAAGUUCAACAAAUAUCUCGACCAUUAUAUAUUACUAUGAGUUGUUUUGCAGCAUUAGGAUUUAUAUUUGCUCUGGCUUGUUUAAUAUUUAACAUAGUUCAUAGAAAACAUAAAAUUAUUCAACAAUCUAAACCACUUUAUAACAAUUGUACACUUGUUGGUGGACUAAUUUUGUUGACAAAUGUAUUUGUAUUGGGUGCAGAUAGUCAAAUUGAAAAUUCCAAUCGUUUUGUUCAACUAUGUCAGAUUAAAGCGUGUCUAUUGGCAGCUGGAUUUUCAAUAUGUUAUGGUGCUAUAUUAGCAAAAUUAAUUCGAGUAUAUUUAAUUUCCACAAAAAAAGCAUCGAAUAAUUAUUUUGCUUCAAUUGAAUUGUGUUUUAUUAUCAGUAUCCUAUUGAUUAUUGAUGUAAUUGUGUUUACCAUUUGGAUAUUAAAAGAUCCGUUACAUUUUACAUCUAAAGAAACCCGAGAAGGACCAAUAUUAAACGAUAUUAAAACUGUUUAUCAAAUACAAGAAUGUCGAUCAAAACAUCACAUGGUUUGGAUUGGUUUAUUGUACAGUAUUAAAGGUUGUUUAAUUAUUCUUGGAAUUUAUCUUAGUUAUGAAACACGUAAUAUCAAAUUAGAAAAUAUUAACGAUUCACAUUUAGUUCGAAUGUCAUCAUUAACAUUAAUUAUUGAACGCAAUCAAGAUGCAGAUUUUGCAUUUACAUCUAUUGCAAUUAUACUUUGUUGUUUUGUUUCAUAUGGACUUAUUUUUUUACCAAAAUUUUUAAGAACUUUUCGUACAACGGGUGAAGAAGAAACAACAAAUCAACGACAAACACCUAGUACAGAAGAUGAAGAAAAACAUCGAAAAUUAAUGAUAGAAAAUGAACAAUUAAAAUCGUUGAUAGCCGAACGUGAAGUAAAAAUGAAUGAAUUAAUUGAAAAAUUGAGACAAAAAGGUAUUAAUAUUGUUAUACGAGAUACACAACGACAUCAUAGUACGAAUAUAAAUAAUAUAAAUGAUUCUACCGCUGAAGAACCAUUAUCGUUUAUAAUGAGACGUCGAUCAACAUUUUUAAAUCCAAUAACAAUGGGUACAUGUUCACUGACAACAAAAUCAAUAGUUCAAUCAAAUCCAAUUGAUAAUUCGAUUAAUUUAGUAAAUGUAGAUGAUAAAUUAAAUGAAAAUAUUCAUUUAUCAUCGACAGUUAUAUCGAAUUCAUGUCAUCCCUGUAAAGAAUCUAUAUGUUAA